AUGAGUGCUACACUUUCCCCUACAAACUCCCCCAGAGUCCGCCGCAAAGGCUCGACUCGCAGACCCCGCGCGGCCUCCCAUCUCCCCCCUUUCACCCCGGAGAGCCAUGAAGCCGCACUCUAUCAAAUCAGACACUACCUCAAGGGCAGGACAUCCUACGACACCUUCCCCGUCAGCUUCAGGUUGAUUGUCCUCGACUCCAAGCUCGAGGUCAAGAAGGCCCUCCAAUGUGUGGUCUCUGCGCCGUUAUGGAAUAGCGAAAAGUCUUGCUUCGCCGGCAUGUUCACCGUCUCCGACAUAAUCCAUCUCAUCCAGUACUUCUACAAGUGCUCCUCGUACGACGCCGCGGCUGCUGAUGUCGAGGUCUUCCGGCUCGAGUCUUUGCGAGACAUUGAGAGAACACUCGGCGUUGAUCCUCCCCCAUUACUGCGCGAACACCCCUCUGCAUCUCUCUAUGACGCCUCCAAACGACUCAUCCAAACCCAUGCUCGCCGCUUACCCCUGCUUGACAACGAUACCGAGACCGGCCAUGAAGUUAUCGUCUCCAUCCUCACCCAGUACCGUCUCCUCAAGUUCAUUUCCAUAAACUGUGGCAAGGACAUACAACAACUACACAUGCCCCUACGCAAGCUCGGGAUCGGUACAUACGUGACGCCGCAGCCACUACCCCCUGACGGCGAGAAGCCUGAAGGCUACAACCCGUUCCACCCGAUCGCGACCGCGACCAUGGACACGCCUGUCUUCGACGUUGUGCACAUGUUCUCCGAGCGCGGUAUCUCCGCGGUCCCCAUCGUAGACCAGGAUGGCAUCGUCGUCAACCUGUACGAGACCGUCGACGUUAUCACUCUCGUGCGUCUGGGCGCGUACCAGUCAUUGGACUUGACGAUCUCGGAAGCUCUGAACCAGAGAUCGCCCGAUUUCCCCGGUGUCGUCAUCUGCACCGCGUCCGACUCUUUGGGCACUCUGAUGCAGCUCAUCAAGAAGCGCCGAGUGCACAGGCUCGUGGUCGUAGAGGGCGAGAAGGGUCGUCUACUCGGUAUCAUCACUCUCAGCGACGUCUUGCGCUACAUCAUCGGAGACGUGACCAUAGGCGAAAGCUACCCGGAGUCCUCUCUGCACACGACGAUGUCCACUCCAGCGCCGCCCGAACCGGCCUCCUCAGAGUCUCCAGCUCCAGCAGAGCCCGCUGCCUCAGCCGACGCAUCUCCUGCUGCAGAUCCACCGCCCGAGGCCCCUCCCUCCGAGGAGGCUGCUGCCCCACAGGAGGACAACGCUGCUGCAGAGGAGGCACCCGCCGUCCCACCGGAGGAGCCCACCCCGGCGUCCGCAGAGUGA